AUGGUACUUCGUGUGCUAGUAACUGGCGCAGCGGGUCAAAUUGGAUAUGCUGUUGUGUUGCAAAUCGCUAAGGGUGAUGUUUUUGGACCUGAAACGCCAAUUGUUCUCGUACUAUUCGAUAUACCACCAAUGUUGCAAGCUCUUGAGGGUGUACAGUUUGAGUUACAAGAUUGCUCUUUACCCACCUUACAAGAUGUUGUUAUAACUGUAAAUGAGGAAGAAGCAUUCAAAGAUAUCGAUUAUGCUUUUCUCAUCGGUGCCAUGCCGAGAAAGCAGGGUAUGGAACGUAAGGAUUUACUUUCCGCAAACGUCAAAAUUUUCAAAUCACAGGGAAUGGCUCUUGCCAACUAUGCUAAACCAACAACCAAAGUUGUUGUUGUUGGUAAUCCAGCAAAUACUAAUGCAUUUAUUGCUGCGAAAUUCGCGGCUCCGACGGUACCAGAAAAGAAUUUCACUUCUAUGACCCGUUUAGAUCAUAAUCGUGCCACGUCGCAAGUUGCAAUGAAGUGUGGUGUUGGGAUGCGAGAUGUGAAGAAUGUAAUUAUCUGGGGUAAUCAUUCAAGUACUCAAUUCCCAGAUGUUACCCAUGCCAAGGUUGUCAAGAAUGGUACCGUACUUGGUGCUUAUGAGGCUAUUAAUGAUAAGGAAUGGAUUCAGGGACCGUUCAUUAGCAUUGUUCAAAAACGUGGUGCGGUAAUCAUUGAGAAGAGAAAACUGUCAUCUGCAAUGUCAGCGGCAAAAGCGGCUUGUGAUCAUAUUCGUGAUUGGCAUUGUGGAACAAGACCGGACGAAUGGGUAUCAAUGGGUAUUCCAUCAGAUGGCUCAUACGGUAUUCCCAAGGGACUAAUGUUCUCAUUUCCUGUCACUAUUUCUAGUGGAGAAUACAAAAUUGUCCAAGGCUUGAACUUGGAUGAGUUUGCAAAAGGAAAAAUUGCUAUCACGCAGAAAGAACUGGAGGAAGAACGUGAUGAAGCUCUUCAAGCAUGCGCUUAG